CCAAACAAGCAGGCGAGCGAAAAGUGUCGAGGGAUUCACUCCAAAUGGAAACGCAUGUGAAGCGAACGGUUAUGAUCACGGAUCUCGACCAGAGUGAGCAAGAGCAGCACGAGAAGCUCGAGAAACUGCAGCCAGAGCAGAGCAGAAGCCAUUCAAAGCGACAGCGAAAAGUGCUGCAAACGCUGAGCGGCAAUUUCAGUCGCAGAUCGAAGAGCGUGGAGGUGGAACAGCGACAGACACAGGAGUUGUCCAUCCAGAAGAAGAAACAUCAGCAGGAACGCACUCUCAACGGACUGCUGCAGGCCAAGGAGCAACAGCUAGAGCAGCUGCUGCAGCGACUGGAUACUCUACACAAGUACAAUGAUCGCUUCGCCAAGGAGAACGAGCAGCUUCGCCUGGACAGCGACCAGCUGGAGCGGCGUCUUGGCCAGGCGGAGGAGCAGCUGGCCAGUUGCCCGCGUUGCCAGCAGCUCAGUCAGAAGCUCAGUGGCGUCGUGGAGCAGAACAAGGAGCUGGCCAACGAUGUGGACAUGCUCAAGACUUUGGUGUUUCGCUUGAACGUGCAGAUCGAAUGCUAUCAGGAUCAGCGACGCACUGCCGACAAGGAUGCGCCUACUGCCACGCCCACUACCACCUCUAGCGCUGUGCCGCCCUGGACAACUCAGCUGCCGACGCACACGCUGAUGCCGCUGCUGCAGGCGUACGAUGAAUCCUUUCGGGACAAGGACGCACUGCUCGCCCAGUAUGCCGCUGACUUUGAGCUGUUUGGCGGCGAGCUGAAGCGUGCUCUGGAGGAAAACACGCGUCUGCUGCAGGCGCAGGAGCAGCUACGUCGAGAUGUGGGUGGCUGGACGGAGGAGCGAGUUCGUCUGCAGGCACAGCUGGGAGUUUGUCGUUCUAAAGCUGAGGCGCAAACGCGUAAAACUGAUCUGGUCAAGGAGAAGCUGGUCGAAGUGAUGCACUUCUAUGAACAGCGCAAUCAGACGCUGCUGUUGGACAUGAAUCACCUGCAGGAUGCGUACGCCCGCUGCAAAUCCGAGCUGGUGGCACUAAAAAGCACAACGCUUCCAACUCCGUCGACGCCGCCUGCUCCAAAUACAGCUGCUGUUGCAGUUGUUGAGCCCGUUGGCGAUUCGGAGGCAGUGCAGCAGUGCAAGACGCUGCUGGAACAGCUGAAGCAGGAGCAUGCACGCGAACGCACCGCUCUCGAGGAUCAGCUGCAGGCGAGCAAUAAUCGCGCCGCUUCAUUGCUGCGCAGUUCCGAGAAGGCAAAGCAUGCCAGGGAUCGAUUGAAGGCCCGUCUCCGCAUGACACUGCAGUGGGCACAGAAACUGGAGGCGGGCCAAACGGAGGUGCGCGAGACGUACGAUGCAGUGCAGCAUCUUUCGACGCUGCUCAAGCACAAGGAGUCGCAGCUGCGUGGCCUUCAUGCCCGCAACAGCGAGGAGCUGGAGAAGCUGCAUCAGAAGCUGCAGCAGAAGGAUGAGACCAUUAAGAAUCUGCUGCGCAGCAAAAUGGAGCGACGUCCAGCUGGAGAUUGACGGAUAGAUUAGUUAGUCGAU